AUGCAUGUCUUCGCUACUGCUGCCACGGCUGCUGCGGUCAUGGGCCGUGUGGUCUCUGCGCAAUACAGCUUGCCCGACAGCCAGGUUCCUUUCCAGGGUGGUAACGUCUUCAAGCGCAAUGACAGCGCAGUUUCCAACUACACCUUCUCUUAUAAGGUGCCAUUUCAGCCUACGCAUUAUGGUGGCUACUAUACCUGGGCCGUGAACAACAAUACUGUCGCCGGUGCAAACUUCACUAGCCCCCAUAUGCCGAAUGGAUAUGACUACAUCCCCGACGGGUCAUUCAAGAUCAACCCAUACUUCAUGGUCAACGAGGGUACACCUAAGUCCCUUAACAAGACCAAGCUCUUCGGCAGCUGCAAGUCCUCACGUGCUCAUGCUCGGGAUGACUCUCCCUGUGAGUUGAACGACCAAUGCGAGGGCAAGGUCCAGAAGAUUGUGCAUGUCAUCUUUGAGAAUGAAGUCUACAAUUGGACUAUCUCUGAUCCCUUCUGGAAAAUGCUCGCCACCAAAGGCAAGUCUUUGACAAAUUCUCACGCCAUCACUCACCCUUCCCUUCCCAAUUACGCUGCCAUCGUUGCUGGUGACUUCUUCGGCAUGGCCAGCGAGGACUUUUACAACGUUAUUACUACCACUAUAUACGAUCUGCUGGACCUCAAGAACAUUUCAUAUGCUACCUACAGCGAGUGGUACGACCCAAUUGCUACUCACCGUGGCCCCAAUGACUGCAACAACUACAUCACCAACGGUCCCAUCGACAGCACUAACCCUGACUGGAACAGCCAGAUCUAUCGCCGUCUGGACGUCCCAGCUCUUCUAUUCUCUACAUACACCACCAACUACGAGCGUUGUACCAAGUUGUAUGAUGCCAAUAACACUUUCUACGAUCACGUCAUGAGCCAUAGUCUCCCAGCGUACACCUACUUUGUGCCGGACAUGCUACACAACGGUCACGACCCCGAAUCCAACAGUGACUAUGUCCACCAGCCUGAAACUGCUGCCAUCUGGUUCAACUCCUGGCUCGAUCUAUACCUCCCUGAACUUGAGGCUCAGGGCGCCCUUGUCGUUGCUACCUUUGACGAAGCUACCUGGACAAAUGAUGACGACUACAACCCUAACAACGACAACCACAUUGUGACUAUGCUCUUCGGUGCCGGUAUCACUCCUGACACCACAGACGACAGUUACAUUACUACUUACGGUUUCUUGCGAGGUGCUAUUCAAAACUUCGGUCUUGGUUCUUUGGGCCGAAACGAUACAAACACUACCAACGGCAACCUUUACGAUCUGAUCUACUAA